CAACUAACCCGAGGAAAAAGAAGAAGAAGCUACACUACCACGUGGUUUUGUUUGUAGUCGCCGGAACGAAAUAAGUACGACAACGACGAGCAUCUACGUUUUUACCAGUGCCAAUGCAACCGUGGACAGGCGAGAUAGACUGUGCUGGCGCAGCAUCAGCACAGAGUGAUAAUGAGGACGACGGUGACUACGAGGAAAAAGAGUCGGGCAGCUCGGAGAUGGAGGAUGACACUGGCGAGGCGUCACACGGUACUGGAGCUACUUCGAAUGCAGGCUGGGCUGAUGUUAUGCAGAAGAUUCUAAAAACAAAUAAACCGAAGAGAAAGAAGACACUUGUACUGGCCAAGGCGAAGAAGUUGUGCGACGUGAAAAUAAGGGAGAAAAAAGAGGAGCCUUCUUUUGAGGUUGACGGAGUCAAAGAGGAGGUGAAAGCGGAAGCGGAGGAAGCUGUUGAUGAGGAGAGUAUCGCGGCGAAUGCUGCGUCGACUAAACCUAGAAUACCAAAGAAGUGUGGUAUUAGAGUAAAACCAUCCAUUACAGACCGGGAGUAUGAAAGAAUGUUGCAAAAGAUAGCCACAAAAGGAGUCGUGCAACUGUUCAAUGCGGUGAGGCAGCAGCAAGUGGAGAUUAAAAACAAAUUAUCGCAGGCGGGGCCGUUGGAGAGAAAGCGCGAACAGGUGUUCAAGAGUAUCGACAAAAAUGCUUUCCUUGAUGUCCUUAUGGGCGGCAGUAAAAGCACACCGGUUGGUAACGGGCUUAAACCUGAGAAGCCUGUCGAGCAAACAAACGAUAAGGACAAAGAUCACAAAAUGUGGAGUGUUCUUCGAGACGAUUUUGUCAUGGGGGCCAAGUUGAAAGACUGGGACAAGAAGAAUGUAGAAGAAGAGGAUUCUUCAGCUCCUGAGGACAUGGACAGCGACGUGGAUUGAAAAUAAGUUCCUUCUCAUGUGAGCCUUUUUUUAUACGACACUUUCUAUAAUUAGUCAUAAAAAUGUCGAUAUCGAUUGUGUACAUAGUCAAAUGUAUUGAUAUUUCUUGGAACAAACAUGUAAAUAUUGUGACUUGUAAAUGAACUCCUUUACCUCAUAGCCUUCCAAUUAAUCUUAUAAAACCGAGGCAUACGCGAGAUAAGAAUCGGCACCCGCUGAAUGCAAGUCGACCAUUCUCAUACCGAGCCACGCCGUCAUCCCUAAAUAUUGUGAAUUAAAACAAAUUAUGAAUUAAUUAAUUUGUGCACUCGUAUAGUUGGCCUUGCCUUCUGUUUUUUUUUUAUAAUCCGGUGUUCGUUAUAAUUAAAUAUAACAAUAUGUACAAUAAAACUCUAGAUAUGUUUCUCGUGAUGAGAAACAAUUUAUACUGA